UUAUCUGCCCUGUCCCACUCUGGGUAAGAGUAAACCCUAAACUGCUCAGGCUCAACCAGCUUCGCCCCUUUUAUCAUUUUCCCUCUCUUUUUCUCACCACCGGUGUGUGUGAGCGUUCAGGAUAAGAAUGGCAGCAGCAUCGCAGAGAACAAACAGGCCCUGGAAAAUGUUGCAUUUUGCUUUGCUUCUCAUUGCUCUGCUUUUAAAAGAAGUGACAGCCCAGGACGAGGGAGGAAGAGGACCACAAGAUUCCAUACGAGGUGACAAUAUUGUAAAGAAAACUGAAACUCCUGUGACCACAAAUCCACAGGGACAAAACAUAGUUUACCCUACUUUGGUUCAUGUGACAUUAGCGGCCGUCACAAAAACACCUCAGGAUCAUGACUCUGAUGUACCAGUGCCCACGGCAUCCAUUCCAGAGGGAACAGAAGAUCAGGGGGCUAAGGCCACAGCUGAAGUAAAGACUGAUAAACCUAUUGAAAAACCAGAGACUCCAGUACCUGAUCCUCCCAGAGGCGACAACUCAAACAAACCAAAGCCAAGGCCUAACCAAGAUGUUGUCUGCGUGAGCAAAGAGGAUGUGGAGGGAAAAAAUGCUGUCCAACUGAUUCUCAAGGCUUCUUCCGACUGUAACAAAACUCAGAUGUGGAUAACAAGCAUUCUACCAGAGUUGUGUGCUGAAGACUGUAAACUGGAGCUCUACCAAAAGGAUGACACCAAGGAAGUCCUUGUGUCUGGGAAGUAUGUUGAAGAUGACAUCAUAGGCAUGACUAACAAGUUAAAUAAUGACAACAUAAAAGAUAAAAUUAACGUUGAGGAAGCCAAUCCUCGUUGGGGGAAGAACACAAAGUUGGUGCUGGUUUCUUUACUUCUGGUUGGUCUGUUGCUGGCUGUACUGCUAGUGGUCGGCUAUUAUUUCAAGACUCACCAUAAGAACUUCAAAGGUGUCAGACUGGCUGACUCUUUCCAGGUGGAUGAAGAGAACCAGGCCAACACCCUGGUGUCCGUGGCUCCGCUGCCCCAGGAGCCUGUCGACAAGCCAACCAUCAACAGAGAGUCUCCACCUGAGAACGGGACAAACUCACCAACCACCACUAAUGGACACUCGGCGAACCAAACCCAAGUGGCAGACACAGAGAUGUAAAUCCUGACAACUUGCCCUCACCAACUCCUUUAAUAAAUCCAAGACAAAAUCACCAAGCAACUCUUUGGACUGAUGCCAAUAAUGGCGAUAUGAUAAUGACGACGAGAUUGAUGGUAUUGAUAACUGUGCCUGUAAUGUGAAAAGUUUGAGAAUGCUCCCCUUAGCAGGCUCCUGCUGACACCAGCAAACGUUCUAUGCGAUUUGAAAACUGUUCGGAGUUCAGCCUUUUAUGAUAAUAUUGUCAAGUUAUGCCAUAUUUGUGAUCCCCGACAAAAAAGAAACAAUUCUCCCAUUACUUAAAUUUGCAUUUACGCUGCAUUGAAACCAAUGAACACAGUGCUUUUGUAACAACUAACACUCACUGCUUCAAUGUUUAUUCCAAGCCUUCACACCACUUACAGUGAAUUGGAAUUAUUCUAGAAAUAACAUUUUGUGAAAGUUAGCAACAUUUUAAACUAAUCAUUGCUGGCUUUCUGAUAAA